AACGUCUAAGCCGGAACAUAUGGACGUCCCGAAAACAUUUUUUGGAACACCGGGACACAAAGUCCAAAACCGGUGACAAUCCCGGUUUUCCGGGACGUAUGACAACCCUACUUUAAUAAUACGCUUUGGACCUAGUCUAAAAAUAUGCUUUGUCAAAAAGUGCACGUGCGUGUCACAAGUGGAGCCGAUACGUGGCGUGUUAUCGCAUUUCCUGGUAAGAAAUCCGUCUGCAACGUCAAUACUGAUAACGUGCGAUAUCAUUGUCUAGUAACGCGUUGACUGAUAACAGCGCAUCAAGAAUGGAAAGUUGGAAAGUUAUCAUUAUUGUUAUUACUUUAUCAUCAUAAUAACAUAACGAAUACUGCCGGUGGCGGACGACGCUGCACAGUGUCGGUUUGUAAUUACGCGGUGAAAGCGGACGUCAGUGCGUACUUGUCAUUCAUUGCAGCCCAGUGGUUAUAGCGUGUCGCAGGUCGAUAACCCGUUGCUGGCAGGUCGGACGAUGUGACGGCGGUAACGAGUGAGUUUAGAACCGCAGGGCUCCAUUUUUACUUUCCACUCUGUCCCUUGCACGCACUUCUUUUCUCGCCAGCGUUUUCCGCCUAACCCGUUCCGAUUACUACUAUCGCGACCCCCGUUCAUCCGAUAUGACCAACAGGCGAAACGGCCGUUCGGGGUCUAUAGAAUCCAAUUUCAUCCCUGGGCUAUCCAUGCGGUCUGAGACCAAGGGCACGCUGCUAGUCCAUGAGCCCUCCAGCGUCGCCAACAUAUUCCUCACUUUGUUCCUGUACGGGUGCCGCAAGUACCUGUUCUUGCCCACUCACCGGCGCAUGUUCGUAUACCUGGCACUGCUGGUCAGCUCUGUGGUCGGUGAUUUUGUGCGCUUCCCGCGAAUAUACUUUGCGUACAGCGAUACGUUUCUCAACCAGUACUUGGUCAAGCUGGGCUGGUUCUGGACGCUGUUGUGCACCUCAUCGUUCCUGGUAGCCAGCGGCAAAGUGCUGUGUCUGGAUUCGCGGCCCACCAUCGCCAAGCAUGCUGUCCGGUUAGCGGUCGCCACAUUCUUCUGGUACUUUUGGACUAGUGCAUUCAACCGGCUCGAGGAGUACUUUGGCCAGUGCUCGAUGAUCCGUCACACCACGCGCACCGCCUGCCGGUCGGCUGGACACGUGUGGAAGCCAUUUGACAUAUCUGGUCACAUUUUCAUACUCAUUUACAGCACGCUGGUGAUGAUUAGCGAAGCGCGGCCGUUUGUUGGCUGGGAAAAAAUCCAAGAUGUGCUGCUUAAGGAAGAAAACGCACGCAUGGAGGGCAGGACUGUGGCCACCACGUUCAGUAGCCUCGCCACCAAAGAUUUGGAAAAGUUGAAAACCGUCUACAAACAGAUGACACCUUUUGUCCAAGUUUUAUUUAUCAUCAUUACAUUAUUCGUUUCCAUUUGGGAACUGAUGCUCAUUACUACCAUGAUGUACUUCCAUUCUAUGCCAGAAAAACUGUUGGCCGGCAUUGUGGCGAUGUUCACAUGGUUCGUAACGUAUAAACUUUGGUAUACCUCAUCCUUUUUGCCGCCAUUGCCUGGUGAAGGAUUCUUCAAGUACCAAGCGCUUCAAAAGAGUGAACGGGCGCGCCAUCAUUCUUCAAAUAGUUCAAAUACCAUGACUGAGCAUAUUGAGGAACAUAAUAUAGAUGAACCAUCUACUUCGGGAAUGCCAGCAUCAAAUACUUCCACACAAAUUUUGACAUCAGUAACACCAACCAAUAUUAGACCCGUCCAGACUUCCAUAAAUUCCUAUGUACAAAAACCAAAAAAAAUAGAUUCUCAAAUAGCAAAAUUAAUCAUUAAACAUUGCCAUCCUUUUAGUCUCGUCGAAGAAAAAGAAUUUAAAAAUUUAAUACAGAUGUUGGCACCGGGUUAUGUUCUUCCCAGUAGAAAAUCAGUAUCCAAUAGCCUUUUGCCUCAGUUAUAUGAAAGUACUGUUGAUAAUAUUAAAAAUAAAUUAAAAAAUGUAACAGCAGUUUGCUUGACAACUGACGCUUGGACUUCAAUUAAUAAUGAAUCUUACGUAGCUGUUACUGCACAUUAUAUCGAUGAUGAUACGAAAAUGUCAUCAAUUCUGAUUGGUUGUCAACAUUUCACAGCCAAACACACAGCUGUUGAAAUGUCUUCUCUCCUUAAAGAGCAGGUGAAUAAAUAGGGAUUAGACAAUAAAAUCACUAUGAUUGUCAGUGAUAAUGCUGCUAAUAUAGUUGCUAAUAUAGUCGAUUAUGCCAGUGGA